AUGAGGCAGCCCAAGCCUGGGAAAUCCUACAACCCAAGACUCUACAUGCCCGGAAAACUUCCGCAGGGAAUCCUACUUUGGGACAGCUACUGUGUUUUAAAACCCUUCCAAGAUGUGUCGACCUUCCACCUAUCGCUGCAGAUCAAGACGAGUCGGCGGAGUGGGCUGUUGCUCCUGGCUGCAGGAACAGAUGAUUACCUGUUUCUCGAGCUUCAAAAUGGGAAAAUACAGGUACGGAUGAACUUGGGUGCUGGUGAGGUGACGCUGUCCUCGUCAUCAGGAGUGCAGCUGAACAACCUUCUGGACCACAAAGUGUCGCUCACAAUGCAGGAUGACAAACUCACGAUGACGAUUGAUGAGCUCUUCUCCACUUACACCCCUCUAAACAACAACGGGGAACAGCUCAACAUUGACCAAGGAGUUUGGCUGGGAGGAACAGGAAAUUUAGACGCUUCGUACCUCAGUAAUGCCAUUCCGCCUUUCCGUGGCUGCAUGACUGAUGUCAAAUUUGAGUCCCAUCAAUUUGACAUUCUCAGCACAGCAUUUAAAGAAUGCCAUGACACAAGGGAAUCCUGCAGCAGUGAGUUUGAGGCUGGUGAUGGAGAGACAACAAGUUUCAGCACCCCUGAUUCAUUCAUAUCCUUUCCUACUUGGAGUGGAGUUAGUGGCGGUCCAAGGGUCCUAGAGUUCCUAAUGAAAACCACCAUUGAGGAUGCGCUACUUGUUUUUCAUCCUGGCCGAGAGUCUGACUUUAUUGCUAUUGGUGUUGUGAGAGGGUUCCUCAAAGGUGCGGUGGACCUCGGUGAUGGCAUGGAAUUACUGGAGAAUACCCAGGUCCAGCUGGAUGAUGAUCAGUGGCAUAGAGUUAAGGUUCUGGUCAGCGAGGAUUCUUUUGAGAUUCACAUUGACAGCCAGACUGCCUCCCUUCCUCUUGACCCCUCACAAAAAUUGGACUUGGUUGGAAACCUGUAUUUGGGAGGUGUCCAGGCAAAAAUGAAGGAAGUCUUUCGUGAGAGUGGGUCCUUAAAUCGCGUAGAAGAGGAAAUGACAGCUGAAUCAUUCAUAGGGUGCUUGGGGGAAAUCAAAGUGAAUAAUAAGGACAGAAGUCUGCAGGAUGCUUUGGUGACCAAAGAUGUCCACGUCAAAUGCGAGGGAGAAGACUAUGACUACUCAAGUUAUUAUGAUGUGGACACAACUACAACUUCUCCACCUAUUUUUAGAUAUGAUGAUGUGGAUUUAAGUGAACAGCACUGUUUCCCAACAGAGGACAUGCCAGAGAUAUUCAGAAAUGUCACCAAACUUCUUGACAUCACUCCACUUCUUGUGCCUGAAGGUGGCGAAGUUUUCCUCGACAUUAAGAACCUCCUUCCUACAUUUGACCUCAAUGCUGCAGGAAUGCGUCAGUCCGAGAUAAUAUUUACACUGAGGAAUGAACCCUUCUAUGGUAUAGUUGAUAUAAAUGUUAACACAAAGCGAUUACAGAAGUUUACUCUCCUCGAUGUCAUCAAUAAGAAAAUUAAGUAUAUGCAUGAUGGAAAUGAAAGGUAUGCAGAUCAAAUUCAGCUCGAGGUAACUGCUCACAGUGACGGAUACCUUCCAGAAUGUCUGAAAUUGCCCAGAGUGUAUGUGGUUUCGGUUGAAGUUAUUCCAGUCAACGAUAUACCGCAACUUAGUGGAGGAGAAAUUACCAUUACAGAAAAGGGCAGAACUCGUUUGAGCCCCAGCCUUAUCAAAAUCAUGGACUCUGACACCCGGUGCGAUGAAUUAGUAGUAACUGUAACCUCAGAACCCUCCACGGAAGUUGGUUACUUAGAAAAUGGGCAGCAGCCAGGCAGAAGCAUCACAGAGUUCACCUGCAGAGAGCUGAAGGAUGGAAAUAUCUACUUUGUGCACAGAGGAGGUAGUCCUUCUGCUAUGACUUUGAAAGUAUCUGAUGGACAGUCUGUAAGUCAUUCAUCUACAUUUAAGCUGUCGGUGACCCAGCCACAUGUGACUAUCGUUACCAACACCGGUCUUAUGUUGUCUCAAGGGAGCAACUCAUCCAUUAGUAUUCAAAAUCUGGCUGUCCUUGCUCAUCCACGUAAUGGAGAUAUCAUGUUUAACGUCACUCAGCCUUUGAUGCAUGGAGAAUUACAGAUUCUGACCGAUUAUGGAAUGUACAAGCAGGUGACAACAUUUCAUCAAUCUGACCUGGAUCAACAUCGCCUUAGGUACUUCAGCACAGACUCAAGUGAUCAAGAAGAUAUCGUGGUUGAGAGGAUUCAGUUCAAUGUACACUUGGGGCAGUUUUCCCUUUGGAACAACACCUUUAUGGUCAAAAUUGUACCUGCAGAAGUUAAAGUGUCUAACCUGGUUCCGCUGGACGUCAAUGGUGGUGAAGUGAAAAUCAGACACACAGAACUUCUGGCUGAAGUGAAAGGGAAAAACCCAGAUCCACAAACUGUAAAAUACAUCCUUGUCAAGCCUCCAACUCUAGGAAUUCUACAGUUGUUAGACACCCAGCUAGCUGAGGGUGACAUUUUUACCCAGAAGGACAUUAUGGAUAGUAGCGUUAGCUAUAAGGUACGGGUACAAAGAGCUGUGGAUAGUAUAGACCAGUUCCAGUUCCGAGUCAUGGCCGAUGAUCAGUACUCUCCUUUGUACACCUUCCCAAUAACCAUCCUUGCCAAUGCAGAUGCUCCUGUUUUGACCAAUGAGCAGUUGGUUGUCUUGCAGGGUGGUGAACAAACUCUGAACAAAAACUAUCUGUGGAUACAUUCACCACAUUCUACAGAUUUUAUGUACCAGAUCACACAGGUACCAAGGUAUGGACGAAUUAUAAGGGACUCUCCACCGGGCCAACCUAGAUUCGAGGGGGCGAUUAAAGUAUUCAGCAACGAAGAUCUUGAACUUGACAGGCUCAUUUACAAGCAUGAUGGGUCCAAGACAAGCAGCGAUGAGUUUCAAUUUAUAGCAUUCGAUCAAGAAGCAGAAAGUUCAAAUAAUCAAGAAACUCUGAGAGGUGUUUUCAGAAUAUCUGUGCAAUCUAAAAAUGAGCAUGCUCCUGUGAGGGUUGUGGAUAAAAUCUUCAAUGUGGAGCGAUACGGUAAGCGUCUGCUAACAACUGACGUGAUUCAAUUUAAGGAUGAUGACUCAGGCUUUAACGACACCCAAAUUGUCUACGCCCGUGAGGGAAUCCUCUCAGGCAACAUCGUCUUAACAUCAAAUCCCACUCAACCUCUUUUCCGCUUCACACAAGCUGACCUUCGAGAUAAGAAAGUUCUCUUCAUUCACCACGGAGCAGACCGGGAACGGUUCUCUUUGCAAGUGUCAGACGGGUUCCAUAAAACCACUACGUUACUUGAAAUCCAGGCAGGUUCACCUUACCUGCGAGUGGUGAAUAACACAAUCAUCGUCAUUGACCACGGAAGCACGAAGACCCUUAACACCACCCUUUUGAGCGCCGACUCCAACAUGGACAUCAGGGACGACAGUGAGAUCAAGUUCCAAAUCAUUUCCCCUCCCAGUGAUGGCAGAAUUAUUGUGAGUGGUAUUGAAGCAACACAGUUCACCCAAGAGGACCUGAAAAAGGGUGUUGUGUCAUAUGAACAUAAUUAUGAGAGUCUGAGGUCAAAGGACUCCUUCAGUUUCACCGUACAAGCAAAAGGACAUUCUGAGGAGGGAACAUUCAGAGUUAAAAUAUUCAAACAAGGCUACCUGUCUGAACCUGAGGUGAUAACCAAUGACGUCAUUUCCUACGAAGGGGAGCACACCGUAAUCAACCAGGAUCAUCUCAAGGUGGACCAAGCAGACAUCCUGCCUAGAAUGGUGUUUACCAUUAAAGAGCCUCCUCGUCUCGGACAUGUAGUCAAGCUAACAAACACUUCCGACAGAGCGUCCCCUAUCCUGGACUACAUCCACUCCUUCACCCAGGAGGAUGUGGCAGGCCGCAUUCUCUAUGUGUCUGCAUCUAUCCAGGGUGAUGAUGCCUUCACAGUGGAUGUCAGUAAUGGUUUUACCACCGUGGAGGACUUGCGUGUCGCUGUAAACAUUGUUCCCCGGAUCAUCCCCCUCCAAACGUUCAACUUCACUGUGAAGGAAGGCCUCAGCAGAGCGGUUAACGCCGACGUUAUCAACAUCUCACAUCCGUUCUACUCUUCAGUAAACAUUGACUUUGUCGUAGAAGACCCUCCCCAACACGGGAAAAUCCGAUACCUGGAUGGGGACGAACUUUCAUAUUUUACAUGGGAAGAGGUGAAACUUGGACACAUCUACUACAUGCAUGACAGCACCGAGAGCACAGAGGACAGUUUUACACUCUCUGCCACGGCUUAUGAGAUUGAGCGCCGGAGCCUCUCUGUCACCAUCUCAGUGACUGUCAUAGCAGUCAAUGAUGAGCCGCCAAACCUGACACGAAACACAGGAAUGGAGGUUCUCGCUGGUGAGGAAGCUGAUAUCACCGCCAGCAUGCUGAAAACUGAGGAUGACGAUACCCCAGCAGAGGAACUGGUUUACCACGUUGAGAUGCCAAUCAGUGGGUUUGUGGCGUUGAAGGAGGCGCCGGAUGAGAGUAUCCUGAAUUUCACACAAACGCACAUAAACAAAGGAGAAGUCAUGUUCAUUCAUGAAGGUGAGGAGUCUGGCGGUUUCAGUUUCACCGUGACAGACGGAGAACACACUUCUCCUCUCUACCAAUUUGUCAUCACAGCCAGGCCUCUCACCAUCACCAUGGUAACACAGGAGGAACUCAUGGUGUUUCCAGGAACAAGGCAACACAUCACAAGUGCCAAUCUGGGGGCUGUAACCAAUGAAGAUGGAAAUGAGAUAAGCUACUCACUCAUCCGCCCACCGCGUUUGGGAAGACUCAUCCUGGCCAAUGACAGGAACCAGUAUGAGGAAAUUACCCGCUUCUCACAGUCACAGCUGGAGUCUGGGGCGGUCUACUAUGAGCACCAGUUACCUGAGGAGCCUUUCUGGGUCAUGAGGGACUCCAUAGAGCUCAAUCUAUCAUCCCAACCAGCCCCAGAUGUCCGUCACAUCCUGCCCAUCACCAUCUCUUAUUAUGCCGCCCACAGCAACAUCUCCUCACAGCUGUGGAAAAACAAAGGUCUAGAAAUUGUUCAGGGCCAAAGGAAGGCCAUCGACGGUUCCAUACUUGAUGCCUCUAAUCUUCUGGCCAGCCUCCCUGAGUCUAAACGGAGCGGAGCAGAUGUAGUUUUUGAGAUGAAACGUUUCCCCGACCAUGGGCGUAUCACCCUUGGGGGUCAGGAUCUGCCUCGUGAUGCUCCAUACUUCAUGCAUGAAGAUGUAACUAAUGGAGUGGUGGAGUAUCUUCAUGAUGACUCAGGGGCUUCUUUUGAUAGCUUUGCCUUCAGGGCCCGUCUGAAGUCUCCAGGUCAAGGUAGUUCGUCUCCCGCUGAGUCGGUCGUCCUGGAGGAGAUCUUUAACAUCUCCAUUAAAAGGCGGGGCUCUGACCCCCCUGAACUGGUCACUUCAGAUAUGCUCCUGGAGGUUCUUCAAGGCUCCAUGACUAUUUUGACCCAGAAACAUCUUAACACUCAAGACGAGGACAGUCCCCCCGAUGAGGUGCACUUCACGGUGACCAAAGCCCCCGGUAAUGGACGGCUUGUUGACACCCUCACAAUGGACCCAAUCUCUGAUUUUACACAAGACAUGGUCAACCGUGGACAGGUGGGUUUUUAUAGUGACGGCAGCCUCACAGAUGGCUUUUUUGAGUUCACCGUGUCAGAUGGGGAACACCAAACAGAGCCAUACACACUCCACAUCGGUGUCCUUGCUCGCACCCUGUUCCUCGACAAGGCCCCUGAGAUCAAGGUGAAACAAGGGGAUGAUGAGACCUUAGUGACAGAAGAGAUGUUGAAGGCUACGACCGGUGGCCCUGUUAAAGAAGAUGUCCUUUACAAGAUCACAAGUGUUCCGAAGUACGCUGCCGUCAUGGUAGACCGCCAACCCACAUCGGCCUUUACCCAGGAACAGAUCCGACAAGGUCGAGUCAGUGUUCGUUUUGUCAAGUCGACUUCACCUCGAGACAGCGUUGCAUUUGUCGCUCGCAGCCGAGCCGCUAACGUCUCAUCUGUCCUCAACAUCACAGUCCAGCCUCUGGCCAACAUUGCUCAGGAUCCUGUCGUACCCCAGGGAGCUCUUGUCCAGCUUGACAGGAAGCUCCUGGAUGCAACCCCCCUGGCAAACAAGACCAGGAGCUCACCCACCUUCACUGUGAUCCAGCAGCCACGAGGGGCUCGCUUUGUGAGAUCUGGAGGUCGUGGAGCAGGUCAGACAGUAGAUUCAUUCAGCCAGCAGGACCUUGAUGAGGGUCGCGUAGCUAUGGAAAUCCUGAAUACCCCCUCUGGAUCAAAAGGUGGCGUCGCUCAGGAUGAGGCUCGAUUCCUGCUUAAAGCUCAUGGGGUUCCUCCUGCAGAAUGCGUACUUUCCUUCCAGACCGCCCCCUAUAAUGCUUCCGGCAUCUACCCUGUCACUCUUUUGAGGGUUCCUUCAGAGAGCAAUGACCUCCCUGGUGUUGGAGGGUCACCUCGCGCCACCCCAGCAAGCCCCCGGUGGAGGGGCAACAUGGACUGGCCCCAUGGAGAGGCCCCCACCACGGCCUCCUCUGACACCGGGUCCCACAGAAAACCUGUCGUCUCCCGGCGCAGCAACAUCUGGUCCAUCCUGAUCCCCAUCCUUGUGAUCCUCCUCCUGUUGCUCCUGGCAGCGGUCUUGGCUUACUACCUGAUCCGUAAAAACAAGACAGGCAAGCACAACGUCCAAACAGCAGCGUCCAAGCCCAAAAAUGGAGAAGUGGCCAGCGCAGAAACCUUUCGGAAAACUGACCCGGCCAAUAACAUUCCAAUGUCAAACAUGGACUCCAAAGACGCAGACCCAGAGUUGUUGCAGCACUGUCGGACAACGAACCCGGCCUUGAAAAAGAACCAGUACUGGGUCUGAGAUACUAUGACACAAAGCGAGGUGAACCCUCGUAUGUUUGGAACACGGCCUCCUCAAACCAUUCCUCUCAGUAUUGAAGACCUCUUGCCACAGCCGUUUAGAUGAUAAUGAUUUUUGAUGCUAUUGGUUAUUUACUUAUCUCAACAUAACUGUGGACAAAUUCUCAGGCGACAAAACACUGAAUACCUAUUGGCAAAGAAAGAGGCAGUUUUUUAUCUCAGAGGCUCAUGUCUAUUUAUUUUAGUUUUAUCAUUCCUUUUCGUCGAAGGGCACAAAUGAAGACAUAAACAUGCUUUGUGUUUGCAAAAAAAAAAAAAAGUAUUUUCUGUGUGCUCUGUCAUUGUAUUCCAUAUGAUAUUAUAGACCAAUAUUAUUC